AGGAAAUUUCUUCGCUCGGCCAACACUGGUGCAACGACGAGCUCGGAGCUGCUGGCCCGGUGGAGUAGUGUGGUGGCGCAGCCUUUGAUACUUGGAUCGUCGUCAACUGCCUUCGUCGUUCCUUGUGUCUAGACUGUGGCUGGGCUGAAUAUCCUCUCUUUUGAGCCUUGCUCCAGAUCCGGUACGUAACUUCCCGCCCGGGAUAGUUUAAAUAAUCUGUACGAUUGAACCGGAAUGUUCGUCAUUCAUCAACAAAUAUUAUGGCCAAAUGUCAGAUGACUCGACUAAUAUGCUAGGUUACACACUCUCUGGCCAAGCAUGACGGGAUCCCAUGGGAAUCUUUCAUGAAUGUUGUACUUGUACUUAUCCUCCGUUAGCCCAGAAUCCAUUCCAUCUCCUUUCACUUCCCCCUGUCUGACUUUCCGCCAGCCAUGUCUCGCCUUUUAUCUUGGGCGGCUCUUUCCCUUUUGAGCCUGACCGCAGCUCAGAACAUCACCCAGACCACUUCAUUCUCAUUCUCCCCCACCCCUGUAAGCACGAGCGUUCCCUCCCCCGCCGCUCCCCUCAACAGUACAGUGCCCGGACAAGGAAUUUACCCCCCUGUUCAAGCUCUUUGCGCUGGAGGAGCAAAUGUACCAUUCUGCCCGGGAGUUCUCCUACAAGACGUCCAGCUUUCUGGUAUUUUCUCUGAUAGCAAGACAUUUGUAGACAAGCCAACAGCGAAGACUCUUAACGAAACUUUGUCCGCAUGGGAGGCUCUAGGUGACAAUGUCACAGUCGGAGAUGUGGAAACAUUUGUCGAGCAAUACUUCAAAGGAGAAGGUCUUGAGCUUAGCCAAGUUGAGCUCGAAAACUUUGUUGAAGACCCUGCUAUACUUGACAACAUUACCGAUCCCGUCUUCAGAGCUUGGGUAAAGAUUGUGAAUGGAUACUGGACUCUCCUCGCCAGGGAGACCAACCAAUCGGCCCUUUGCAAUGGAGACUGCGAGUCAAGUUUGAUUCCUCUGAACCAUACUGUUAUCGUUCCUGGCGGGCGAUACAGGGAAAUAUAUUAUUGGGAUUCUUUCUGGGUGCUGGAAGGUCUUCUCAAGUCUGAGCUGUACGACUAUGCCUGGGAUUUACUACAGAACUUUAUGGAUCUCAUUGAUAUCUAUGGGUAUCUUCCCAACGGCGGGAGAAAGUACUAUCUCAAUCGUUCUCAGCCUCCAGUAUUUGUCCAGAUGAUCGAUGCUUACAUCAAGGCCACUAACAGCAUUACUCUUCUUGAGCGAGCUCUCCCUGUAGCUUCAUCCGAGUUAGAAUGGUGGGCAAAUAACAGAACCUCAAAUUUCACGUCACCCUUCACCAAUCAAUCCCGCACUAUUGCUCAAUAUUCGGUCACUAACAGCGCUCCUCGACCAGAAGGUUAUGUUGAGGACUUCGAAACGGUGAUGGGAGCUUCCCCAGCCCUCAACGAAACUGAACAAGCCGAGUUGUACUCGGAGCUCGCUACUGGCGCCGAGUCAGGCUGGGACUACUCCUCACGAUGGUGCGAGCAACCACUCCUUAACACAACAGAUAACAACCCUUCCUUAAGGACCUUGAAAGUCAAGUCAAUCAUCCCUGUUGAUCUACUGAGUCUGAUGGCCGGAGACCAUGCCCUCCUGGCCAAUUUGUAUGAGCUUUAUGCAAACAGUACUGGGGGUGGAGAAGGGACAGGCAAUGAGGAAAUGUCAAAGAGGGAUGGGGAAUCUGAUGAUGCAGCGAGCAAAAUUGCAUACCAUCGUCAGAUGGCCCAAGAGUUCAGCGACUCGAUCCUCGAUCUCUGCUGGGACCCAGAAAAGUCAUGGUUCUACGACUUUAACGUGACUUCAAACUCUCGCUCCAACAUCUUCCACGCGGGUGGCACCUGGCCACUUUGGCAAAACAUUACUCCAUCCGAAAUUAUGGGCAACGAAAGUGCGGCUCUUUCUUUAGUUUCAGGAUUUAGGUUCCUUUUGGGUCACUACUCAGGGGUCCCAAGUGUGGCUACUCUGCUGUUUACUGGACUGAACUGGGAUUUCCCUAACGCCUGGCCGCCCCAUGCGUAUACCGCCAUCAAAGCUUUUGAGACACUUGGUCGUGUAUUGCCCAAUGCCACUGUCCUUUCCAACUUGACGAUCCCCUUCGAUUCAGUGACCGAGAACCAACUCGGUCUCUCAGAAUCCGAGCUCCAACCACAACCCCAAUCCACCAUUGGUAACGUCUCUCUGAACACCGAGACCUCCCAAGACAAGCCCUGGCCUCUUGCUCUCUCAAUUGAAUUUGCGAACAGGUAUUUGGGAGCCGCAUUCUGUUCAUGGUACUCCACCGGAGGGCAAAUUAGCGGAUUAUUGACACAGUUGCCGUUGAGCGACUUGAAUGCUACUGGAACCUAUACUUCUGAGCAAUCAGGCGUGAUGUUCGAAAAGUUCAAUGUUACUGACACAGAUGCCGCUGGAGGAGGUGGUGAGUAUACAGUCCAAGUCGGAUUCGGUUGGACAAACGGAGUAGCCCUUUGGGCCGCUGGCGAGUACGGACAGUACAUCCCUGCACCCACAUGUCCCCUUAUUCCGAUCAUCGAAGUCAAUGGGACGGCUGGUUCCAAUACCUCUGAUAGCUCGGUAUACAAGUCGACGGAUAAGGAUGGCGGUCCGACAGCGAGUGACACCACUACGUCCAAGAGCUUGUUUGUCGGAUACCGAAUCCCGAGAGAGUAGGCUCGCCCGCGAAAGGACUCUUAUGAAUCAAUCCUUUUAUAAUUUGCUUAAUGACAUGUGAUGUAUUUUGAGGUUCGAGGGUGAGA